AUGUUAACGUACCGAGACGGUACUGCAGCAAAAGAUAAUCCUUCAUUAAAACUUCAUCCUAAUUCAUUUUUAAUUCAACUCUAUUCAGACGGAAUUGGAAUAACAAAUCCUCUAGGUCCAAAGAAGGACAAACAUAAACUUACUUUAUAUUAUUUCCUUUUAGAAGAUUUACCAGAUUUUGUAAAACCCAUGUUGCAAUCGAUUGGUCUAGUUGGAAUAUGUCCGACAAAAUUUUUAUCGAUACAAACAAAUCGUAUGAAUUUUUUUGAACCUAUUAUAAAAGAUUUGAAUCAUUUACAAACAACUGGUUUAGUUGUUCAAACAUUCAAUGGACAAUUACAUUUUGCAUUUAGCUUAUUCGCAGCUGACAAUCUUGCAUCUCACGAAAUUGGCGGAUUUCAACAAAAUUUUAAUUCGGGACAAUUUUGUCGAUUAUGUCACAUUUCUUAUAAAUUCAGAUUGGUUCCAUUAACAGAGAUUUCAUUUCUACCACGCACAGUAACUACACAUGAUGCGAAUGUUCGACAAGCUGUAAACUUGUUUAAUACAAGACCUGUUGCUGGUGUUGUAGGCGAAAGUCCUUUGUCCAAAUUGAUUGCUUUUCAUGCAAUCAAAUCUUUGCCAAAUGAUUUGAUGCAUGAUUAUGCGGAGGGUAUAAAGAAGAAUGUUGUUUUUAUCUAA